UACUGCAAACACAUUGAAUUUGAAUUGAGAUGUCUCAUAUGUGGAAUUAAGCAGUAAAUGCAGUUGUAACCUCUGAUUCUGUGUACCCUUUAUCCAGCUGUACUAUGCAUUCCCCACAGUAAUGGAGUUUUUACCUGGAGGUCACCAGAAAAUCAUUUCAAACUAUGAACAAAUUACUGCUUUUUUAAGAGAAGAGAUCAAACAGCACAGGCGGGACUGGGACCCCUCAGCCCCCAGAGAUUACAUCGACUGCUACCUCGGAGAAAUCGAGAAGAGUAAAGGUGACGUUGAGGCAGGAUUCCAUGAGAGGAAUCUGUGUUACACCACUCUGGAUCUGUUAGCGGCUGGCACUGAAACCUCAUCAACCACUCUCCGCUGGGCUAUCCUCCACUUAAUGAAAUAUCCGCAAAUACAGGGCUGAAAUAGACAGAGUGAUCGGACAAGCACGGCAGCCUUCGAUGGAAGGCAAGCGCAACAUGCCGUACACCGACG